AGGAAUGGAAGAGAAAAGAAAAGAGAGAGAGCAAAAAAAUAAAAAUAAAAAAAAACACGAAAAUACAAAACGAAAUACGAGAAUGAGAAUAACCUAAAGCCCCCCUUCUUUUCCUUCCUCUGCCCCCCUCCCACACUGAAGGUCCCCCGUCAUCCCCCGAGCACUGUGAGAUUAUCAACAACACCGCGGAGAACAUCGAGGUCCUCUGCGAACACGGUUUCGACGGAGGGAUGCGGCAGAGUUUCCUAGCGGAGGUGUACGAUGAGGGCGGGUCCUUGCAUCUGAACAGGUCCUCCGACGAGCCCCAGUGGUCCGUGGAGUCCUUGAAGCCCGGGACUAGCUACACCAUUAGGAUCUCCGCCUUCAACGCCAAGGGCAGGUCUCCUACAAUCAUCCUGACGGCGGCCACGCUCAAGGUCGCGGAGCAGAGAGUGGGUGAAAACAAAUCCCUCCUCUCGUCUCCUCUCAUCAUCAUCUUCGUCAGCAUCUUGGGAGUCUUCCUGUUCCUCAUCCUCGUCCUCGUCCUCGUCACCCGCUGGAGGAAGAACAACAACACGGGAGGAACGAGUGGUUCAGCCUCCGUCGUGGCCUCGUCGAAGUCUUCUCCUCCCGUCGAAGGCCAGGCUGGAGGAGGAGGAGGAGGAGGAGGAGGAGGUCUUCAAGAAGCGGGCGAAGGAGGAGGGGAUGACAGACAAGGAGGGAUGGGCAAGGACGAAGGGAUGGAGAAGCAGCAACAGCAGCAGCAACAGCAGAAGGCGAGCAAACCGAAGAAGAAGGUGGUGGUUGUGGAAAACGGGAAGGACCGAGUAGGUCUGGGUGACGUCGCUUCAGGAGAUAUUACGACGUCUAAAGAUGCCUUACUCGGCCGCUACGGGUCCGUGUCCCAGCCCUUGGCCAACGGCUCGGCGGGCUACUACAACAGCUUGGGCAAGACCUCCUUCCCCUCGACCUUCCCCGUUGCCUCUUCCUCCUCCUCCAACAACCCUUCCUCCUCUACCUCUUCCUCCUCCCCCAACAAUCCCUCCUCCUCUUGCUCGUCCUCCACGCUCCCGCGCUCCCUCAGGAUCUCCUCGUCGCCCUCGGGGCCUCUGUCGCUCCACCUGAGCCACACGCCCUUGGCUCCCACGCUCGAGCUCCCCGAGGAGGCGGAGGAUUACGUGGCGCCGCCCUACUCCACCCACCGCUUCUGCGAGACCCUCCCCAGGAACCACGGCCGCCCUCCCCGCCGGGAACUCAUAGACGCCCCGCCCUACCGAGGCGUGGGCGUGGCGGGGAGGACGUCACCCCUGGGCGGAGAGGCCUACAGAGGAAUGGGCGUGGGAGGCUUUUCGAGCGGAAAGGGAGGCGGAAGUGACAGGGUCGUCGAUCCGUACCGCGGCGGGAUGGGCGGUGGGAUGCACGGCGACCCCUUCCGAGGCGGAGGCAUGGGCGGCGGUGCUAAACUAGGACCCGACGUUUACCGGGAUGUCCAUGACCCUUACGGCGUCCUCGGGGGGAACCUGGGAGGAGGAGGCGGAGGGGGAGGAGGAAUGGGGGACACCUACAGAGGAAAAAGCUUCGGUUGUGCUGCAGUUUUCUGUCUUGUGAACACACCAAAGGAAGGAAACGUCAAGGAACUCUGGUGGCAUCAGAGUAUUACUGGAUGA